CCGCGGAGCGCGCAGGGAGCAGCCGGGGGCUCGGUGGCGGCGGCGUCUGGCCCCAGCUCCUCCUCCUCCUCCAUCUCCUCCUCGCUCCCUCCAUCUGCCGUGGUUAUGGCCAGUCGCUGGAGCACAAAAGAGUCUCCGCGGUGGAGGUCUGCGUUGGUCUUGCUUUUCCUCGCCGGAGUGUACGGAAAUGGUGCUCUUGCAGAACAUUCUGAAAAUGUGCAUAUUUCAGGAGUGUCAACUGCUUGUGGAGAGACUCCAGAACAAAUUCGAGCACCAAGUGGUAUAAUCACAAGCCCAGGCUGGCCUUCUGAAUAUCCUGCCAGAAUCAACUGCAGCUGGUUCAUACGGGCAAACCCAGGGGAAAUCAUUACCAUAAGUUUUCAGGAUUUUGAUAUUCAGGGGUCCAGAAGAUGCAGUUUGGACUGGUUGACGAUAGAAACCUACAAGAACAUUGAAAGUUACAGAGCUUGUGGUUCCACAGUUCCGCCACCGUAUAUUUCUUCCCAAGACCACAUCUGGAUCAGGUUCCAUUCCGAUGAUAGUAUCUCUAGAAAGGGUUUCAGACUGGCAUAUUUUUCAGGGAAAUCCGAAGAACCCAGCUGUGCUUGCGAUCAGUUCCGCUGUGGCAACGGCAAGUGUAUCCCCGAAGCCUGGAAAUGCAACAGCAUGGACGAGUGCGGAGAUGGGUCUGACGAGCAGGUCUGCGCGCGGGAGGCCGACCCCCCGACGGCCGCUUCCUUUCAGCCCUGUGCCUACAACCAGUUCCAGUGUCUGUCUCGGUUCACCAAGGUUUACACUUGCCUCCCCGAAUCUUUAAAAUGCGAUGGCAACAUUGACUGUCUGGACCUCGGAGAUGAGAUCGACUGUGACAUGCCAACCUGUGGGCAGUGGCUAAAAUAUUUCUACGGUACUUUCAAUUCUCCCAAUUAUCCAGAUUUCUACCCUCCUGGAAGCAACUGCACCUGGUUAAUAGACACGGGUGAUCAUCGUAAAGUCAUUUUACGCUUCACCGACUUUAAACUCGAUGGGACUGGGUACGGCGAUUAUGUCAAAAUAUACGAUGGAUUAGAGGAGAAUCCACACAAGCUUUUGCGAGUCUUAACGGCUUUUGAUUCUCAUGCACCUCUUACAGUUGUUUCUUCUUCCGGACAGAUCAGGGUCCAUUUUUGUGCCGACAAAGUGAAUGCCGCAAGGGGAUUUAAUGCCACUUACCAAGUAGAUGGCUUCUGUUUGCCUUGGGAAAUACCCUGUGGGGGUAACUGGGGGUGUUACACAGAACAGCAGCGCUGUGAUGGGUAUUGGCAUUGCCCAAACGGAAGGGAUGAAAUAAAUUGCACCAUGUGCCAAAAGGAAGAAUUCCCAUGUUCUCGAAACGGUGUCUGUUACCCUCGUUCUGAUCGCUGCAACUACCAGAAUCAUUGCCCAAAUGGCUCAGAUGAAAAAAACUGCUUUUUUUGCCAGCCAGGAAAUUUUCACUGUAAAAACAACCGUUGUGUGUUUGAAAGCUGGGUGUGUGAUUCCCAGGAUGACUGCGGUGAUGGCAGCGAUGAGGAGAAUUGCCCGGUAAUUGUGCCUACCAGAGUCAUAACUGCAGCCGUCAUAGGGAGCCUUAUCUGUGGCCUGUUACUGGUCAUUGCAUUGGGAUGUACCUGUAAGCUCUAUUCUCUGAGAAUGUUUGAACGAAGGUCAUUUGAAACACAGUUGUCAAGAGUGGAAGCAGAAUUGCUAAGAAGAGAAGCUCCUCCCUCCUAUGGACAACUGAUCGCUCAGGGUUUAAUUCCACCAGUUGAAGAUUUUCCUGUUUGUUCACCUAAUCAAGCUUCUGUUUUGGAAAACUUGAGGCUGGCAGUACGAUCUCAGCUUGGAUUUACUUCAAUCAGGCUUCCAAUGGCAGGCAGAUCCAGCAACAUUUGGAAUCGUAUUUUUAAUUUUGCAAGAUCACGUCAUUCGGGGUCGUUGGCUUUGGUCUCAGCAGAUGGAGAUGAGGUCGUCCCUAGUCAGAGUAACAGCAGAGAACCUGAAAGAAAUCACACUCACAGAAGUCUGUUUUCCGUGGAGUCCGACGACACAGACACAGAAAAUGAGAGAAGAGAUACGGCCGGAGCAUCUGGUGGGGUUGCAGCUCCUUUGCCCCAGAAAGUCCCUCCCACAACAGCAGUCGAAGCAACAGUGGGAGCGAGUGGAAGCUCCUCGACUCAGAGUACCCGAGGCGGCCACACAGAGAACGGAAGGGAUGUGACAAGUGUGGAGCCCCCGGGCGUGAGUCCGGCCCGUCACCAGCUCACAAGUGCGCUCAGUCGUAUGACUCAGGGGCUGCGCUGGGUACGUUUUACGUUAGGGCGAUCCAGCUCCGUAAAUCAGAACCAGAGUCCUUUGAGACAGCUUGACAAUGGGGCACAUGGCAGAGAAGAAGAUGAUGAUGUCGAAAUGCUGAUCCCAGUUUCUGAUGGAGCUUCAGACUUGGAUGUGAACGACUGCUCCAGACCUCUUCUCGGUCUUGCCUCAGAGCAAGGACAAGGGUUUAGACAGCCGUACAGCGCGGCAAACCCUGGAGGAAGGCCCAGUAACCGAGACGGCCCCUGUGAGCGCUGUGGCAUCGUCCACACUGCCCAGAUCCCGGACACUUGCUUGGAAGCAACGCUGAAACAGGAGACGAGUGACGAUGAGGCUUUGUUACUUUGUUAGGUACGAAUCGCAGCCAGGGGGAUUGUGUACAAGGGGGAGAUUGCUCCGUUCGUUGUUUUGUAACUUUACAAUUAAACUAGUUUUAAUUUAAAAACAAAAAAAGAUGCAGGGUGAUUUCUUAUUACCAUAUGUUAGCCUGCAUGGUUAAAUUAAACAACUUGCAACUCUAUGAACUUUAGAGUUUACUAUUUUAGCAGCUAAAAUUGCAUUAUGUAUUCAUAUUGUUCAGCAAUGUUCUUCCAUUUGUUCCUAAUUGUUUUUAUCCUGGUACUGUAGUCCACAGUAGAAGUAUGGCUGCUGAAACUCAUUCGACUGUCAGUCUCUCUCUCCUAUGUUAAAACAUUGUUUGUACAAAAUAAUACCUUCUUUUCAUUGAACUCUUUAUGCUUUUUGCCAAUACAUCUUACAACUUAAUAUACCAGAUGUUAAGGUUGUUAAUGUACAAAAAAAGGCCCCUUAUAUUCACCUAUGUUUUUAUUUGUGUAACAUUGGUCUAAAUAGUAAUGGAUUUCAUCAUAAUAGGAGCUUGUCAAAGGGAAAAACCUCGUCUAAAAAUUUUUCUCUUACAUUUAACAUUCAGUGAUGUGAAAUUUAGAUAGAGCUAGACAAAUUAAUGGCAAAAACAAAACUUUUAUAGAUUUUCUAAUGUUGACUUUAAUACUCAAAUAUGGUACAAGCCAAAUGGUAAAAUCCCGUCAUUUCUUUUUUCAUCUCUAUUUAGGGACAGAAUUAAACAGAUGAAGAUAUUCUACUAUGCAUUAAAUCUUGAACUUUAUAAAAUAUGUACAAAAAUUGUACAAGAGAAGUUCUAGCUGGAAAUGUCCUUCCCUGGUACAGGGUUAUGCUUGUAUUGGCCCCUAGGGAUUUGCACUAAAAUCCUAUCGAGGUCACAGAGGAGUUCAGUGCGCAAGCACUGUCCCUUAAAUACUGUCAUUUGCUAUCACAAGGACUAUAUAUUUCCAUAGCUUGGGGGGGGAGCAUUUUUAUUACAACUUGAAAUUGCUUUGCUGGUUUCAUAUUUAUUUGUUGUAUUUAAAGACUACAUUAUUGUAAGAGUGAUUUUCAAUAUAUUUUAUUCAUGGGGGGAUCAUCCUACAUGUCGAAAAGCAAAUUAAGAAAUCAUUCGGAUCGACCCCCCCUUCUUUUAAGUCGAAUGAAUUACAAACCCCGCAUAUUUUUUUAUUGUCAGUUCUUGUUUAUUUAUUCUUUAGCUGUCUGUUUUAGUAGCUUAAUGAUUGAGUAUGGAAAAUGUAUUUGUGUGUGAUUAUUGCUAUUUAUUAAAUUUUCAAUACUUUGCUGAAUGUCAUUUUAAAGCAUGUUUGAGGUCUUGUGUAUCUGUCGUGUUAUGCUGUCAGGAAGAACUGACUGAAAUGUUUUAAUAUGUAUCAGAAAUUAAAAUCAUUUUUUUUGUA